UACUCGAGUAUUUUUAAAAGCGGUGUACGUUCGGGAGAGCUUAGUUGGAAUAAAGUAUAUCCGUAAGCUAUGCCUAAAGUUAAAAGAAGCAGACGGAAGCCCCCUCCAGAUGGAUGGGAUCUAAUUGAGCCAACACUACUGGAGUUCGAACAACGGAUGCGAGAAGCUGUCAAUGAAUCACACGAGGGCAAACGUAAAUCAGAAUCGACGUGGCCUAUCUUUCGAGUGCACCAUCAACGCUCGAAAUACGUAUACGAUCUGUUCUACAAGCGCAAAGCUAUUUCCAAGGAUCUCUAUGAAUACUGCCUAAAGGAGAAGUAUGCGGACGCUAACCUAAUCGCCAAAUGGAAGAAGUCUGGAUAUGAGAAUCUUUGCUGCCUGCGGUGUAUUCAAACCCGCGACACCAACUUUGGAACUCAGUGUAUAUGUCGCGUGCCAAAGAAAAAACUAGAAGAGGAGAAGGUUAUCGAGUGCGUGCACUGUGGUUGCCGAGGAUGCUCUGGCUAAUACUUAACGAGUACUUUUCAUAGGGGAAAUACAUAGUCUUCACUGUAUAACUUAUUAUGUGAAAAAGUGAAGCUCCACUGGUAUAUAUUUAUUCUGCUGGACAAGGCAGUUACAUAGAAAUGGCGAUGGAGGCCGAGGGAUGAGGGGAUGCACCGUGUUAGUCGGCGAGAACAUACACAAUAAAUUUAACAAGUCAUUGGAAGUAGCUUCUAUGUACCGCCACCGUUAUGCACUUGCGGUGCAAGUGCACAUGCCAAGCGAAAACGAAUAUAAAUUCGCCUGUAUCCA